AUGGGAAAAAUCAUCAUUUACGAGCAUGCCAACUUCCAAGGUUACUCCAGAGAAUUCACCGGUGACAUUGCCAAUCUAAAAGAUGUAGAUUGGAAUGAUUGUGUCUCCUCAGUGAAAGUAAUUGGCCAGCCUUGGGUGGCUUAUGAGCACCUCAACUAUACAGGCCAGUUCCUGGUAUUUGAGGAGGGAGAGCAUAGCUUUGUUGGUCAAGAGAUGAAUGAUAAGAUCACUUCUCUGCAGAUGAUCACUGAAGAUCUGCACAAUCCCCAGAUCACUCUCUAUGAACAUGCCCAAUAUCAAGGGAGGAGCAGGGUAAUAAAAGAAGCAACCAACCUGGCUAGGGGACACGACAAUGACAUCAUGUCUUCUCAUAAAGUCCAGAAAGGUGCCUGGCUGCUGUGUGAACACAGCGAUGGAAGUGGUUUUCGUUACAUUGCACGAGAACAUGAACACCUUCCAAAUUACACUUCCAUUGGUUUCAAUGACAAGCUUUCAUUUCUGCGCCCCCUUCUCCCUGGCAACCGCUGUGGCUGUUAG